AUGAAGAAGUCUUCGUUGUUCUUCGUAUUGCUAUGUUUGUUUCAAAUAAGCAAAUUAGAUUUCUGCUUAGCAGGAAGUGUUCAUAUGGUUAACAACAAUGGACAUGAACGUCAUAGAUUCAUAAGUGUAACUGAUUUCGGAGCUGUGUGCGAUGGGAAGACCGAUGACACUCAGGCAUUUCUUAAGGCAUGGGAAGCUGUAUGUAACGGAUUCAGUAAUAAAAGCUUUCUAGUGCCUCUAGGAAAAACGUGCCUGCUUAAGCCUCUUACGUUCGCAGGUCCUUGCACGUCUUCCUCUAUCACCUUUGUGAUAAGAGGCAAUAUUGUUGCACCGGGUUACACCUGGAACGUGGGAAAUUUCCCUGCAUGGAUUAGUUUUGAUAGUAUCAACGGUCUAGUUGUCAAAGGAGGAGGUGUCAAAGGAGGAGGCACCCUCGACAGUCGCGGUUCUGUGUGGUGGGGAUCCGAACAUGCUCAGGAUAAGGAGAGUCCCACCGCAAUGCAUUUCAACAACUGUAAUGGUCUAAGGAUGUAUAAUCUCCAACACUUGAACAGUCCUCGGAACCACAUAGGUCUAACCGGCUCAAAGAACAUCAGCAUCUCGGGACUUAAUUUGACUGCACCUGGUGAUAGUCCCAAUACGGAUGGUAUAGAUAUAUCGAGGUGUAUAGGAGUCGACAUACGUGACUCAGUGAUAUCCACCGGAGAUGACUGCAUUGCCAUUAAUUCUGGUUCCUCUUAUAUCAACAUAACCGGCCUUUUUUGCGGUCCCGGUCAUGGCAUUAGCGUGGGAAGCCUUGGGAGAAAUGGAGAGUUUGCAAGCGUUGAAGAAGUGAGAGUAAAGAACUGCACUUUGUCAAACACAAUGAACGGUGUCCGAAUCAAGACAUACCAGAACGGAUUAGGAUAUGCACGGAAAAUCUCAUUUGAGGAUAUAAGGAUGGUGGAUUCAAAAAACCCCAUUAUCAUCGAGCAGAAUUACCUGAACCGGGGCAAAAUCGAAGAAGUAAGCUUUGAGAAUAGUAACUAUCAAAACCGUGGUGGUAAAAAUCGUUUUUACAAGACUGAGUCUGGUAAUGGAAGAGGCGUGAGAGUGAGCGAUGUUCGUUACAGUAGAAUCUACGGCUCAUCUGCGAGCGAUGAUGCCGUCACGUUUAACUGCAAUGCGGACUUGGGAUGUGAAGAUAUUGUGAUGGACCAUGUGGAUAUUGUUUCAGCGAAAGCAGGUCACGCGGUGUCGGCUUCUUGCAAGAAUGUUCGUGGGAGUUAUUUUAGUUCACCUGUUAGUUGUAUUAAAAAGCAUUAGGGGCCGAACCGGGCCUGAGAUUCCGGGGACCCUAUACAAAAAAAAAAAAUAUUUACUUUUUUUAAGAUAUUUUUUGAGUUUUUUUUUUGAAAUUUUUUUAAGAUAAAACAUUUUUUGUUUCCUUAAAAAUUUAAAAGAACAUUUUUAGUCUAUUAUAAUUUUUUUUUAUAUAAUUAUAAUUUUUAAAAUCUGUUUAUUUUUAUCAUUUUUUUCUAUUUUACAUUAAACAUUUAUAUAUUUAUUGUAUACAAAAAAAAUAUUUUUUUUUUUUGUAAAAGGGAUUCCACAAAAGUGGAGGCCUAUUCAAAUGUUUCGCAUGAAUGGGGUCAAGCCCGGCUCCGUUAGGGGUUGAUGUUAUUGCAUUCCUACUUAGAAGAACUAAAGAACUUGUUAAAAUUAGGGUGAAUUUGCUUACUAACCAAAUUCUGACUAGAAAUUAAGAAAAUAACGUUGAUUUUGACGUUAUUAAAAAACUAACAUUUGGCCCACAUUUUAUCCGGUAAUGCCCUUGUCAUUAACAAGUAUCCGGUGAUAAAAGAAAAAGAGGAGACGUCUUCGUUUGGAGUAGUGGACAAGAGUGAGUCACAUUUAUUUACAAUCACCUUAUGUAAAACCAGCCACGUUAAACACUUAUUUACUUCAUACAUUCACUAUGUACAAUAAAAUAAAUGGAUAAAAUAGAAAAUUUCAUGUGUAUUUCAUAUCUUCAAAGUAGUAUAGAAUUUUAAUCCUACGUACAACUUCUGAAUAGACUCGUGAGUUAAGAAUAAAUUUGUUAAUAACCAUAAACCAUAUUUCAACCAUACCCAUAACUCCAAUCACUAGAUCCUAAACCAAAGUACAAAACUAGAUCUAACUAUAAAACCUAAAUACAAAUAGAAUGGAAGAAAAUAAUUAAUAGUAUAGUACAUCUUACUGAAAUUAUAAAAUGAUUAUAAUUGCAUGAGAAAAGAUAAUGCUAACCCUAACCUUAAUCCCCACUUUUAAAAUAUUAAACUCUAAACUCAAAUAUAAACCCUAAACCCAAACCCAAAUAUUAACCCAUAA